AUGGCAGCUUAUAAUUCUGCUCUGUUUAAAAUUACCUCGACAUUAAAAUUGUGCGGGGAAAAUGUCACUGAGGAACAAAUGUUAGAGAAAACAUUUACAACUUUUCAUGCCUCGAAUGUGCUCCUGCAGCAGCAAUAUCGAGAGCGUAAAUUUACAGAAUAUUCCGAGCUAAUUUCCUGUUUGUUGAUUGCAGAGCAGAAUAAUGAGCUUUUAUUAAGAAACCAUGAAACUCGUCCUGUUGGUUCCGCAGCGGUGCCUGAAGCACACGCAGCUACACAUUUCAGACAAGGAAAUAAUCAUGGUAAUAAAGGAAAACGUGGAAAUGGUAAAGGAAACCAACUUGGGGGCCACAAAAAUGAACGAGGAAAGGGUGCCCGUUACCAGCCGUACCAACGGCCGCUAAAAAUUGCGGAACCAAAGGAACCGAAGCAAGAAAAGGGAAAGGGUUCUUCUAGUCAACCUCCUCAGAAAAGUGUUUGCUAUCGGUGUGGCUUAACUGAUCACUGGCAGCGUACCUGUCGUACGCCGGAACAUUUUGUUAGGCUCUAUCAGGCGUCCCUGAAGCGACCUGCCGAAGACAUAGAGACAAAUUUAAUUGAAGCCAGUGCCCCCAGUACCAGUGAUACCCACUUGGAUGUAUCUGAUUAUCUCGUCGACCUUGAAAGUGGCGAGCCUAGUCAGUUUUCUUUUGAUGAGCUGUAG